GUGGUAAUACAGUUUUACAGUCAUCUCUUUUUUGCCGUGGUUAUGCCGACUUUGACACUAUUAAUAUCGUCUCGUCAUAGGCCUGCUGGCGCGGUGUGGUUGAUUUGUUGGUCUUGGAAGAGUAUAAAAGAAGCUCAUUCUGCCACACCACUCCCCAACUCAAGUCCCUGAACAAAUAAUCUUUGAGUCACUAAAACAUGCAGUUCACAUAUUUCAUCUCCCUCGCUGUCCUCUCCUCCACUCUCUUGACUGGUCACUGUGCAGCGCUACCAACAUCGAGGGCGAGCGCUACUUCUAAUGCUUGCGUUCUAUCCCCCAAUAUCGUCAGCACUAACUACGUUGCCAACCCCCCCGUGGUUCAGGACGUUACUGAUGGACAAUGGCGUCGCAUUCACGCUCGAUAUCACCGUUAUGGACGUGACUACUUGCGAGCCCUUCUCUAAUGCGAUGGUUGAACUCUGGUCUGCUAACGCCACCGGAUUCUACGGCGAUUUCCUUCGCGGGGCUUACACUACGGCAUGGAACGGCAUUGCUGAAUUCCAGACCAUAUUCCCUGGAUAUGCCUCAGAUGGCGCCAAUCACAUGAAUAUUGCCGUCCACCAGACUUCGGACAUCUCUUCGCCCAUUAUUCACACUGGAGAGCUGUUUUUUACUGACCCUUGGACUAACAUCAUUGCCAUGUCGACCCCUUACAACGAGAACACCAACGCUCGCAUCAUGGAUGCUCAGGACCCGGACUAUGUCAUGGCUAACAGCAAUGGAAGCAAUGCCAUUAUCAGUGUGUUGUCCAUCCAAGAUGACUGGCCCACAGGCAUUAUUGGAACAAUCACCGUUGGGGUGGAUCCAUCGAACGUUGCUGUCUAAGUGUUUAAAUGAAUUUGUAAAAGUAAUUGAAUUGAAAUUAACGCGACGCGUACUCACAUGGC